GUUACUUCAUGUAUGAUUGCAUAUUAGCAGUAUAAAACUGGACGUUCUGCAAUCACUUUCAUGGAUAUCCUUAUUUGGAUCUCGCUUCUUCAACCGGCUGUACUGUUGAGUCUUGUACCGCUAUUCCAAUGGAUCGGUAUCUGGCCAGCGACAUCAGUUGUAGAACACAGCCAGCUGGACAUUCCAAAUUUAUUGCAAAGGGUUGCAAAACUUGAAAAUGGAGUAUUUCCAAGAAACGAGGCAUUAAAUCUCAUACAAAGUAUUAACAUGCUGGAAACAGAGGUCGACAAACUUUCUCAAAACUUAAAAGAAACUACUGCGAAUUUCAACGCUGACAGUAAACUAGAAGUAGCUCAAAGGACCAUACAGUCAGAUGCACAGCUUGGAUUUCUUCUAAUAGGAUUGGCAAUAAUCCAGCUAGUAUUAGCCGUGUCGCUUGUUUUGUUGUGGCGGAAACAUAUGGCGAUUGAAAAAAACAGAUCUGGAAAUUACAGGCGUGGGGAAAUGACAAAGUCUGCAAAUAACAACGUCCCUGCCGAGAAAACCAAUGUCUUACCAGACACUGGUACAAGCGAUUAAUUUAUCAUUGUGGUUAAAGUGGUGAUUGAAAGCAGGGCAGAAACAAUCUUAUUUGUUGAAAGUGGGGGUAAUAAACAAAUAUUUUCUA